GUUCGAAAAAACUUCAGCUGGACGACUUCUACGCAACAAGGCUUGAUCUCUUUACCGAUAAUUAUAUCGUCGAAUAGUACAACUACAAGCACAUCGUCUGUGGCAGCUUUGCGUGGUAUAAUCGCAGAGCCAGAAAUAAAGUACUUCAACCUGACUAGGGGAAGGACACAGGUGAUUCGUGACUUGGAUUGGCUACGUGCGAGUGUGGAUUUUAGCCAUCGCAGGGCGAGACGAGACAUAGCGGUUGUCACUCAAGCCGUUGCUUAUGGCUAUUCUUCUACUGAAUUGUAAACACGUCUCUCUGCAUAGGUAAUAGCUUAGACGUACUUGUUAGCAUCGCAGCUCCAGAAGGUGGCAGAGAGAUAGAUAAACCCUUGCUUGUAGCUACUAUGGGUGGCGGAUUAGUAGAAAGCAUAGACAUCGCGCCGUCGUUGCUCUAAGUCUCAGAAGCUGGCGGCUACGUUUUCUAUGAGGAGACUGAGAAUGGAGGGUAUCGGAAAAAGGAACCAGGAUCUGCGAUCAUUUACCUGAAAAACGUAGAGUGGUCUCGCGAGCAGACAAAAGUUUAUAACUACGAUCGAGAUUUUCAUUUUUCCAACAGAUAUUCUUGGCCGUCGUGGCGUUGUGGACUUGGAAGGAGACCUUCGAGAAUUCCAAACGUGCGGUACGACACUUCUCAGCACUUAGUUACAGAUUUAGUUUUCACGUGCGGAAGGAACAACGUGCGAGGUGGAGGCGCUUUGGGUGUUGUGAACCCUGGAAAUCGCUUUCAUCCGGGUGGAGGGUUUGUAAGCGGUGGCAGGCAUGCGCUAGAAGAAGCUCUGUGUACACAGAGCACAUUAUUUUCGAGUCUGCAAAAGGUGGCUGAUGCGGUGCUUCGAGGAAAGAGGAGCAUGGAAAGUAGUAGGAACCACGACACGAUAUCGUUAUCGAUACCUUCAAGAUCAAGUACAACAUCGUCGUCGUCUUCGAGCUCUGCUUCCACUACUCCUACUUCCACAACUUCAACACUGUCUACUUCACGGACAACCGAUAAUCUUCAUUCUCUCGAAGCCUACUUGUCC